AUGCUCAGUGAAUACGACCCGCAAGUCUUGUACAUCGUUGUUCUUGGAUUCUUGGUGUCAUUUGUGCUCGCUUUCGCUGUUGGGGCCAACGAUGUUGCCAAUUCUUUCGGAACGUCUGUUGGCUCCAAGGUUCUCACACUUCGUCAAGCCUGCAUUUUGGCGUCCAUUUUCGAGGUUCUCGGAGCUGUUCUCGUCGUGCCAGUGGGAGAAUUGCGGAUUUUACGACCUGGAAGUCGGCGGACUUCCUCUUGA